AUGGAAAACUUAGCUAGCAAUAUAAGCAAACUUAACCUUAAAAAUUAUAAUAUUAAUGACCAUAAUAUUGUAGAGGAAGAAUAUGGCUCUGACUUUAACGAUGUUAAUGAGGAUUUAGGUGAUUUAAUAAAUGAGAUAGACAUGUUUGAAUAUAGUAAUACUGGUUUAGACUGUGAAGAAAAUUCAAAUAAUCCCCAUUUUUUUCAACUAAAUAUAAAUGCACUUCGAUCUGCUCGUAAUUUUUCAACUAUUUUGAAUGAAACUGAUAAUAUAGAUGAUUAUAUAUUAGAUUUAGAUAGCAAUUUUGAUGAUGAAUCUGUAAUUUCUAUGAUAACAGAUAUUACCAAUGAAAUUUUUUAUACUCAUGAAGAGCAAUGUAAUCAAUAUUCUUGGAUGUUAGUGGGUCGCAAUUUACAAGUUUCUUGUAAUGGUCAAUAUCAUUGUACUUCUUUAACAAAUAUUCAUCCAAUUUUAUAUCCUGGAAAAGUCAGUGUAAAUUGUCAAGAAGAUUUUUCCCAUAAAGAUGAUAUUAUAGAAUCUUUUCGUUUAAUAG